UAUGUCUUUGCAACAGUCUGGACUGCCAAAAGACUGGAAAAACACAAUAAUCAGUUCGGUGUAUAAGGCAGGGAGCAGAGACUUAGUUGAUAACUAUCAACCCGUUGGUAUAACCAGUGCAGUUGUCAAACUAAUGGAAAGGAUUAUUCGGAUGGCUAGUUUAAAUCAUGUGGAAGGGAAAAAUCUUUUAUCCAGUAAACAACAUGGUUUUAGGAAAGGGCCAUCUCGUUUGACAAAUUUGCUCAUUGCGAAAAUAGAUUGGGCCGGAGCGAAAGAUAGAAAUAUUCCUGUAGAUGUGAUUUUCAUAAAUCUAAGUAAAGCUUUUGACAGGAUCACUCAUCUGGUUUUUAAAUCAUAACUGGAAAGUUUUGUAAUCUUUUAUGAAGUCAUAGACUGGGCAAGUGACUUUUCC